AUGCAUGAACCGCCUUUGCCAUGUGCAAGCCAUGUGUGUGUGAACCACCUCUCUGCCCCCCACUCGCAGGUGUUCAACACCAUCAGUGGGGGGUCGGGGUCCAAGCUGGAGCGCGCGCACGUGUUCAACACCAUCAUCGGGGGGUCGGGGUCCAAGUUGGAGCGAGCGCUGGGAGAAGUGUUCAACACCAUCAUCGGGGGGUCGGGGUCGAAGCUAGAGCGCGCGCUGGGAGAUGCGUUCCCCGAGGGGGAGAGGUAUUUUGGGCUGGAGAACUUUGGCAACACGUGCUACUGCAACAGCGUGCUGCAGGCGCUCUACUUCUGUGUGCCGUUCCGUGAGCACCUACUGGACUACUACGCCAAGCACAAACCCGCCAAUGAGUCCGAGGAGACCCUCCUCACGUGCCUCGCAGAGCUCUUCAACCAGAUCAACUCGCAGAAGCGCAAGACGGGGGUCAUUGCACCUCGCCGCUUCGUGCAGCGAGUGAAGAAGCAGAAGGAGCUCUUUCGCAGCUACAUGCACCAGGACGCACACGAGUUCCUCAACUUCCUUCUCAACGAGCUCGUGGACAUUCUAGAGAAGGAGGCGCGGGCAGGCAGGGCAGAGGCGGGGAGAAUUAUCCACCCCAACCCGCCUGCUGCUGCCCCUGCUGCUGCCGCUGCUUCUGGUGGUGCUGCUUCUGGUGGUGGUGCUGCUGUUGCUGCCGUACGUCGGUGCUGGGGGUGUGCUGCUGGGAUGUGUGCUGCUGGGGUGUGCGCUGCUAGGGUGUGCGCUGCUAGGGUGUGCGCUGCUAGGGUGUGCGCUGCUGGGGUGUGCGCUGCUAGGGUGUGCGCUGCUGGGGUGUGCGCUGCUCGGGUGUGCGCUGCUGGGGUGUGCGCUGCUGGGGUGUGCGCUGCUGGUGUGUGCGCUGCUGGUGGUACGUUGACGAAUGAGACGCGCUGCCUGUGCUGUGAAACAGUGACUGCUCGGGACGAGGCUUUUCUUGAUCUCUCAUUGGACAUCGAGCAGAACAGCAGUGUCACCAGCUGUCUGCGCAACUUCUCCUCCACAGAGACUUUGAACGGCAACGACAAGUUCUUCUGUGACACGUGCUGCAGCCUGCAGGAGGCACAGAAGCGGAUGCGCAUAAAGGUGCCUCCCCGAGUCCUAGCCCUGCAUCUGAAGCGCUUCAAGUUCAUGGAGCAGCUGGUGCGCUACAAGAAGCUGUCCUACCGGGAGGCACAGAAGCGGAUGCGAAUCAAGGUCCCCCCUCGAGUCCUAGCCCUCCAUCUGAAGCGUUUCAAGUUUAUGGAGCAGCUGGGGCGCUACAAGAAGCUCUCCUACCGGGUCGUCUUCCCCCUCCACCUGCGCCUCUGCAACACCGUCGACGACGCGCCCGGCGCCGAAGCCGAGUACUCCCUUUUCGCUGUGAUAGUGCACGUGGGGAGCGGGCCCAACCACGGGCACUAUGUGGCUCUCGUGAAGAGCCAUAGCCAUUGGUUGUUUUUCGAUGAUGAGAAUGUGGAGCAGAUAGAUGAGUCGCUGGUUCAGACGUACUUUGGGUCGUCGCAGGACUAUUCGAGUAACACGGAUCAUGGUGCAGCUAAUGUUGUUGCUGCAUGA